CAGUGACGUCUAUGGCCGAGAAGGCCCGGUGGAGCUCUGCGUUCGGGAGAGUUGCUGCUUGGGCCGGUGGUAGAUUGCAGGGUGCUGUCGCUACGGCUGAGGAGAACGGCGAGUGGGUUCGGUAUUUCCCGUCUGGAUCUCCACAACGAUGAGUGCUGCCAGGGAGUCCCACCCGCAUGGGGUGAAGCGUUCCGCCUCCCCAGACGACGAUCUUGGAUCUAGCAAUUGGGAGGCAGCAGACUUAGGUAAUGAAGAGAGAAAACAAAAGUUCUUGAGACUUAUGGGAGCAGGAAAGAAAGAACACACCGGCCGUCUUGUUAUAGGAGAUCACAAAUCAACAUCUCACUUUCGAACAGGGGAAGAAGACAAGAAAAUUAAUGAAGAACUGGAGUCUCAAUAUCAGCAAAGCAUGGACAGUAAAUUAUCAGGAAGAUAUCGGCGACAUUGUGGACUUGGCUUCAGUGAGGUAGAAGAUCACGAUGGAGAAGGUGAUGUGGCUGGAGAUGAUGAUGAUGAUGAUGAGUCACCGGACCCGGAGAGUCCAGAUGACUCCGCAAGUGACUCAGAGUCAGAGAAAGAAGAGUCCGCUGAAGAGCUGCAUGCCGCUGAGCACCCUGAUGAAGCGGAGGAUCCCAAAAGCAAAAAAGAUGCAAAAAGCAACUAUAAAAUGAUGUUUGUUAAAUCCAGUGGGUCAUAACUCCCAAACACUUAGUCUUUGUAUUAAAAGUCAGCCUUAUUGUUAUAAUGCACAGUGGAGGACUGCUUAUAGAGCACAGACCUUUGUAUUAUAAUUUUUAAAAAGGCCCUUUUAAAUAAUUACAAAGAGUGUUCGCUUUCAGAUGCCAUGGGUUACACUUUUAUGGGCAUGACUAUAACCAUUUUUGUAAAGAGUAAGAGUUGUAUAAAAUAAGAAAUAAAUAACAGUACUCAGCUUCCUUUCAUAUUAGCAUCAUCAACCCUCUAACCUUACCUUCUUACCCCUUCUAAUACAGUUAUGGGGGAGACACUUUUGAAACAGGUAAUGUUUUGUGAUUUUUUUUUGUGACGGUUGUUUUUUGCUCUUUCAUAUUUUUCUCUUAUACAAAAAGUUUAUUUGAUACUGUGAUAUGUUCAUGAAAAAUACGCUUAUUAUACUUUGUUACAGUGGAAUUGUUCAUCAUGGAUAUUUCUCCUCCCAGUAACAGUCUAAGUUAACGUUGGCAAAAGAUUAGGUACUUAGUUUACUCUUAACAGAUUCGGCUCUACUCUUUUGGACCAAGGAACACGAGAGCAAGAACUUCCACACUUGUUAGGUUGCACCUGCAACUGUCAUAAAUUUGGAAUAUUAUGACCCUAAGCAAUCUUUAUAUAAUUUGAAUUACAUCAUAUAUUAGAUUUUUUAUAAAAUUUGCUCAAUUUUUACAGAAGAAAUCAUUUCUGUGAUCAUUUGGUCCUACCUAUUUAGGAUUAUGUAAAACUGAUUUUUUUUUUUUUUUUUUUUUUGGAGGUAAUAUGUGACCAAAGUUAAUUUUCUCCCUAAGGCCUAAUGAGGAGAAAGCAGUUUCCCACAUUUGGUUGUAAAACAUUUAUCCUCAUCGUCUAAAAAUUGAGAAACAGGCUUAUUGAACAAGAAGCUAAAGAUUGUCGUCAUUUUAUCCCAGUGUUAUUAUCUUGAUACAGCACUGUCAUCUAAUUAUUAAAAAAAAAAAAAUAUUACUUUCUGAUUUUAUUGCAGUUUCUGUUGGAGUAAGUUUGGAAUCAUCUGCUGCUGUUACAUGGUUGAUUCACACAGCAGAUUAACACAGACUGCAUUAUGGGCUAGUCAAAUGAUCUUUGAAUAAUUGGGUCCAAAAUUACGGUAUUUCUAACGGGCGUUGAAAGGCUUGAACCAAACCUAUUUGUGAACCGGACUGUAUGUUUAGAUGCUUAGAUAUGUGUUGAUAUGUUGGAUUUUUCUUUUUGAUUAUUCUUGUGUUGAAAUUUAGAAAGUGCUAGAAGAGUAGCAAAUAGAACAGGUGAGAUUUCUGGUUUAUAUAGUCCAUCUGAAAUAUUCUUUGUAUGUUGGGCCCUCAAGGGUUUUUCCCCCAUUUCUCACAUUGUUUUAAAAUAGAUGCUACCCCAUAUAGUAAAAUGUUGAAUGGGUAGAUAGUAGACAGUUCGCGUGGCAUUUAACAAAGAAUUGAUUUGAACAAGUUUGGCUUCAUUGAGCAAAUUUUAGGUUGGCUACUGAGUUUCAAAUAUCUAGUCUGUGGAAUUGCUUAUUGCAACUAAUUUAAAUAGAAAAAGACUGAUUAUGUUUCAGAAUUGAAGAGGGAAAGACCAGUAUUAAGUUUUUUAAAAGUAUUGUUAUUUCCUUGUUUAAAUAUGCUGGGUUAUUUAUAAGUCUUUGUUCUGAUGUGUAAGUGGAAGAGCCUUCGAAAAUGAUAACUACACUGGAAGACCUUUUUUCUUCAUCUCCAAAUUGAGUAAUUCUGAUUUCAAUUAAUUCAUGUAUUAUUGGACACUGACAGAAUUCAGGGUUGGAAUAAAUUUAGGUCUGUUGGUCCAUGUGGCUUAGUUUCCCAGAGACAUCAUCAUGGGUGUCUCUAAAGCGUGAACAUUGUUUUUUGAAAAAAGCAUUAACAGAAGACUGAUGGCAUGGCAUUUUGUUAUCCCCACUGAAAAAUACCAGGUGGAAAAUACAAAUUAUUUUCAUGCAGUGACACACUGUUCAGUGAAAAACUUCACAGCAACUUUUCCAUGCCAUUGAUAGUUUCACACCUGAAAUGUGCAACUGAUGCACUUCUCCCACGUUUGCCUAUACUCGUGUUUUCUUACAUCAAUGAUCUAACAGUCUUUUUAUUGAAAAGAAUGUUUCCUGAAACACAGAUUCCAAUUUUGUGUGCAUUAGUAGAUAAAAGUCCUCAAAUCUGUAAUUUUUAAAAUCUGGGAGAAUUGAAGGCACAGAAAAAAGUCUAGAGUGAUUGUGCUUCUGAUUAAACCGUAGUUUGGUUGAGAGCAGAAAUAUAGGUCACAUUCUUUAAGUAAAUUUGGGGGAAAUAAAAUUUCAACUACCUGGUUGACUUCAAUGACAAUUUCCUACUCAGAGGGCUUUUUGUUUCAUUACUUUGUCUCUACCACAGCCACAUCCUGGAUACUUUGAAUAUCCAUAAACAACCUUAACUCUGAAGUCAUUAAUUUAAAAACCUGACCUCUGACCAUAACACUUCUUUUCCUUUUCACCUGUUAUUGCCAGUCUGUUUUCACCUGCUUCAUUGACUUUAUCAAUUCAGUAUCACUCUUGUCACUAUCCCAAAUAACCCUCCCCAGUGUUACACAAUGCUGGAAAACAACCCUAGAUAUAUCCAGUCCCCUGCAGAGCACCAAAUGCACAAAUCAGUAUAACUAAAAAUUAAUGUUAACCAACCACAACACUGUUGCCACGUUUUCUCUAGUCAACUGUUCUCCCAUUCUCCCUAACAGCUAUUUAAAACUACUGUUGUCAAACUUGUGACGCUUUCCUCUUGACUCUUAAUGUAUAUGCCCUUACCUUCUAUCCUACAUAGAAAGUGGAGACCUCCAGACUCCACAGCCCUGGAGAAGUGUUCACCGUGCUCUAGGUACUGCGCUGCCGCCUUGCUGAGUGAUUAGCUGAGUGACCUUGAGCAUAACUUGAUCUCUUUGGAUCUUUUGUCAGUAAAAUGAGAAUAGCAACUACUUAAUGCAUUUACUGUGAGAAGUAGAUAAAAUAGUAAAAAGUUUAGCACGCUGGUGGACAGUAAGUGCUCAACAGAUUCCAGCCACUAUGAAACCUUUGCACCUUGUAAACCUAGUGCUUUUGACUCUUGAAUCUUCAACUUCUGUGUCUGUUGACCCUCUUAGGUCAGCAUUUGCUCCUUAAAUAUUUCACAUCUUUAAAUAGUUGUUGCUAGAUAACAUAUGCUUCAGCUGCAAUCCUGUCUCCACACCUUCUAAAUCCAAUUUACAUAACUUGUAUUGUCUACUUCAUUUUCAUCCCCUCAGUCCUCAGCUCCAAUUUGGCAUCUACCCACCCUUAAAGCAAAUGCAUGUAAAACUCAUCAAAUCAGUGAUUCUCAUGUUGCCAAAACAAAGUACUUUUCCGUUCUCUCCAUUUUUGACUCAGCAGCAUUUGCUAUUGUUAACCAGUAGUCUUCAAAUGAAUAUGCACACUCCUGACCGCAGGUGGUGCAGUGGUUAAGAGCUUGGCUGCUAACCAAAAGGUUGACAGUUCAAAUCCACCAGCUGCUCCUUGGAAACCAUAUGGGGCAGGUCUACUCCGUGCUAUAGGGUUGCUAUGAGUCAGAAUCAACUCGAUGGCAACGGGUUUGGUUUUGUUUUGGAGGUACGUGAGGGGGUUCAAUAGAAAAUUAGUAGAGAUCUUGACCAUCCAUAUGUACUUGUUCCUAAACCAAUUGCCUGGAAAAAUUUUCCUAUUGUUCCUUUCACAGCAGCCUUUCUCCCGCUAGGGGAAAAAGAAAGGCAGUACCUUUCAGCCAUCCCAGAUCUCACUAUGGCUAACUUGUCCCUGCAAGUAGAAACCUCCAAGGCUACAACCGAAUGAACUUGAAACAUAGUUGAUGUUGAGACUUGAAUGGUUCCUUUUGUAAGAUAGGUGGUUUCCAGUUAUAUGUCCUCAAUGAAAUCAGUAAACUGAAGUGAACUGUUAGCUGAUAAGUUUAUUAAAAAUAAUUCUUGAUGAAAGAUCACUAUGAUUUUUGGCUUAUAAUUCCAAAAGAGUUCAGAGGGUUGAGUGAAGUGUCUAUAAUUUUUUUGUUUGUGUGAACAAGCUUUCUCAGUGUUUUCAUCUAUAAAAAUGGAAACUGGAAGAAUUGAGGUUGAAACUUGCCUUUUUUUUUUUUUAACUUUUAAGCAUAAUUUAAUAUAGCUUAAGCAGCUGUGUUUUAAAAACAUCCAAUCAUGAAAAUGGAGUGCACAGUUAGAUUGUUGUGAUAGCCUAGGUGAGCACAGGAACUUGAACUAGGGUGGUAAUGGUGGGAGCAGUGAGAAACGUACACUUUGGAAGUAGGGCCAACAGAAUAUGCUGAAAGACUGUAGCACUUGAGUCCGGAAUGUGCACUUGGAAGAAAGGAAUUACCAUUUACCUAAAUGGGGAAAACUGACAACUGAGUUUUAAACGAGGUUCUUCCCAGGUAUUUGUAGGAUUUUCACUUUGAGAGGUCAGAAUAGCAAAAAUUUUUGUCAUGAUCCAGGAUUGUGUGUGCGAGUUACUGUAGCCCUGCCAGGGGAGACGAGAUGCUAUAGGACUAUUCACAAUACAGUGUCUCUUCUCACCUUUGCCACUCUGACAGACUGUUCUGCUAAUAUCUCCACCUGGAAACACUAGCUAGCUUUCUCUGAGGCCCUGCAGCAGCAGGCAUUCAUGUGGUGUCAUGCUUUUGCAACUUUGACCUGCUUAUUAUGGUUAAGAUCUUCAGAUGUCUCCUAGUUUUGCUGAAGUUGGUGUUCACUUCUGUUCUCAUUCUCCUUGUUGCUUUUGUGUGGUUUCCAAGAGAAGAGAAAUUUUACUCUUCCAUCUCCAAAUUGGAAGUACAUAUUAACACCCAAAUUAACUGUGGCUUGAACCCCCACUGGCCUGAUUCCUGAACUUCGGCUCCUCACCCCACCUUCAGAAAGCAUCCCACAAUCAUUUCUGGCUUGAGAAAAACCAAGGGAGUACGUCAUGUAUGUUUCCCACAAGGUAUGCCCACCACACUUGCCAAACAAUGUCUUCCCUGUUCUUCCUCUUCAACUUCCAUAACUGCUAUUCACCACCCUCAAAGCUGCUUCAAGGAGCCUAACUCCACCACUGAAAAUGGUGCCUCUUGCGUGGUUACCAGUACCAGGACAUUGCUUCCUAAGGCUGAGUUUCAUAUGGAGACAUUUUGCCUGCCAAUCUCUUCAAAUCAUGGGAAGCCAUUUCCAAAGGUACUGUUAUUUUAAAAAGGUAAAUCCUGAAGACAGGCUCAUAUAGUUAAUAUACUAGAUAAGAAUCUUAGCUUUGAGCUCCCAAAUAGUCAAAGCCAAAGGAAAAUAAUACAACACAUUAUAACUUGUUCUCAGGUUAAACUGGUGUGCUUUCUUUUAUCAAGCAGACUAUCGGUCUUAAAUUCCAAGUAGAACUUACCAUAUGGGUCUUUCUUAUCUGAAGUAUUAUCCUUAAGCAAGUAUUAAGCAAGAGUUAUUUUGCUCCCCCCGCCCAGGGACAUUUAGCAAUAUCUAGAGAUAUUUUUGUCACAAUUGAGGGGGGGGGUGCAUCUUCUAGAGGUCAGGACUGCUUCUAAACACCCUACAGUUCACAGAACAGACCACAACAAAAAAUCUGGCCCAAAAUGUCAGCAGUGUUGAAAUUAAGCCCUAACCUUAGACCCAGGUAAGAGGGCCCCCUCUUUGGUCCUCCUACUUCAGAGGGCCCUGCAUAUCACAUAUAUGGAUGCCAAAUACAUAAGCCAUGUGGUUGCCUCUCAGAAUCUGCCACUGAUCAUUCACAUAGUGCAGCCUGUACUCAAACAUUUAAGCUUCAUGACCAUGAAAAAUUUCCACAUCUUUUGCCCUAUGUCCUUGAAAUAAAAGGUGACUAUGUCUGAAUUCAAGUUUGUGGGUUUUGUCACUGCUGAUGUCAAAAAUGCCACUACACCAGAGUACAGGAGGAUUUGAGUAACAUCAGUAAGAGACAUUGAUUUGUCAAAUCCUCACAUGGAUGCAAUGGGUUACUGCAUAAUGAAGUAUUACUUCCCAGAAGUAAGAAAUAGAGGACUGAGUGAAAAGAACUAGCAUUCAUAUAAUUGGAGUCCUUGAAAGAGAAGAGAGACAAUAGGGAGUGGGAGAGGAAUCCAUUUUUAAAGAGGUAAUGGUUGGGGAUCUUACCAAACUGAAAAAAGACAUCCACCCACAGAUUUGAGAAUCUCUACAAAUCCCAAACAGGAUAAACACAAAAUCAUACCUAAGCAUAUCAUCAUAAAAGUGCUAUGAACCAAAGACAGGAGCAGACAGAAAAAAAAAAAAAAAAUACAUCUUCAAGGGAGCAAAAAUAAGACAAU